CUCAAUCCGGCCCAGCGCAAAAGCUAGUGACACAGAAAUCCAGCGGGGUUUUCUUCUGGCAGAAGAUAUGGUGUAGUAUAGCUGAUGCUGGAUAGCAGUAAGUGGCGUGGACAGACGGCUCUACGGAAGCGAAGGGCGGUAGCUGUCCUUUUAAAUUUAGGCAAACUUGUAUAUGCUGCCGAAUCGGUGCCACUCGUGUUACUACGCAGCUAGGCAAUCCGAAGGGUACGCGCAAAUUAGCAGGCUAUUUCUGUUCAUUGUGCUACUUCUGACGCUGCUAGCGCGACCAAGUACAGUGUGUGCUGCCUGCCGCCGCUACUGCGGCUGCUGCGACGAUUCCUAUAGCAAGCGCUACCUUUGGUCAGCUACCGCUGGUCGUGAUAGCCAAUGCUCACUGUGGCGGGAAUAGCCGAACUCGGAGAGUCACGACCGCAGGGUAGAGGGCAGGCGUUUAACAGGCAAGAAGGUGAGACUAAGCGAGCAAUGCGCAAAAAUAGUGCACAGACAACAAAGAGAGAGUGAAGUUCGUGGUUCUUUAUCUCAGCAGUUUACUCAGCCUAUGAAUAUAGUAAAAAGAUUGAAUUUGGUGUUUGACAAUUAUGAAACAAGCAAAUUUCUGGAGUCCGCGAUCUUGCUGUCUUCGUGGAGGCCGGGCUCGCUACGUCAUUGGUCUACUAAUUCUGCAAACGGUGCUACAACCGCAUGUGCUCGUGAUUGGCAGAGACGAAGUAGCCAUGGUGGACAUGCACUAUCCUAAUGAUACUCCUUUCCAAAAGCUGGACUGCGACGUAGCUUUCAGGAAUCUCACCAAGGAAGAGAAGCUUUAUACUCACUAUAUAUCCAGGGCGGCAUGGGAAAGCCAAAUUAUCAGUAUGUUCCAGGUUUCGCCAGAAUCACCUUUGAUUUUCAUUCUUCUCGACAAAAUUCUCCGAGUGAAGUCCUCUGUGCCCGAAGUCGUAGCCCACUUAAAACAGAACCAUGGUUUUAGUGACGAUGAGACAACGGCAUUCCUCGUUUAUGCUGGUGCUUUCAUGGCCAACAGUGGUAACUAUCGAGGCUUUGGCGAUACAAAGUUUGUGCCGAACGUAAGCAUCGACAAGUUCACUUCGGUAGCAAAGGAGGUACUGUCUUCUGACGAGCUCCCCUUUUUCACCAAGCACUGCAUAGAACAACUCUAUGACUAUGAGAGUCGGGUGCGCUCGUUGGGCUUUCCUCCAGCCUCCAUCACUACAUACUGGUCAGCCAAUUGCAACGAAAACGACGCCAAGUUUGUUACGGAGUUCCUAAACUCGAAGAAGGUAGAAGUAUGGAACAGUCGCGUAUUCAAGACGGCUGCCAAUACCGAUGGUAAUGAUAAAGACGAGUACGAAAUCCGAUUCGCUUCAAAGCAGCUUACGGAUGAGCCUGACACUACUGCAGAGCAAUUAAUAGGACAUAAGGAGGAAUACAAGGGCAGAAUGUUUAAAUUCACGCGUGGCGACUAUUCAGAGCUGAUGCCGGCUAUCAUAUCAAACCUGAAGUUGGCCGUCAACACUUCUUUGAAUGAUAACCAAAAAAACAUGCUCAAUGAGUACAUCAAGUACUUCGAUACAGGCUCGCUUACAGCUCAUAAGAACGGUAGCCGAUACUGGAUUAAAGAUAAGGGACCCACUGUUGAAGCCUACAUUGGUUUUAUCGAAACCUACCGUGAUCCUGCGGGUGUCCGCGCUGAGUUCGAGGCCUUUACAGCUGUGGUGAACAAGGAAAGUUCGAAAGUACUCGGCGAAUUGGUUUAUCAUGCGGAGGAGAUUAUUAAAAGUUCAUUACCAUGGCCCAAAGAGUUCGAGAAAGAUGAGUAUUUGCGGCCCGACUUCACUGCCCUAGACAUCGUCACGUUCAGUGGAAGCUCUAUUCCUGCCGGCAUCAAUAUUCCCAAUUACGAUGAGAUUCGGCAGAAUGAGGGCUUUAAAAACGUCCACCUGCUUAACGUUGUUAAGGCCGGUAACGCUGCGAUGAAAAUCAAGUUUGUCUCAGACGAGGAUGCCGAACUCAUUAAGAUGUAUCGUGAGGCGGCAUGCGAGGUGCAGCUUGCUUUGCACGAGCUCCUUGGUCACGGAAGUGGAAAGCUCUUCUCGGUCAAUGAGUCUGGAACGCUGAAUUUUAAUCAUAAAAACACGAAGAAUCCAUUGAACGGUAACGAGAUCACUUCGUACUAUCGACCAGGAGAGACGUUCAAUUCCAUCUUUACUGACAUCGCUUCCUCAUACGAAGAGUGCCGUGCGGAGUGCGUUGGCAUAUUUCUCUCUACUUUUCCAAAUGUUUUAAAGGUAUUCAGGAGUGUCGGCAAGGAGGCGGAUAAUUUGAUGUAUGUUAACUGGCUUUCCAUGAUGAUCACUGGUUUGAGGAGUCUUGAACACUACAACUCCGAUACCGGCAAGUGGAAUCAAGCACAUGCGAAUGCUCGCUUUGUAAUUUUGAGUGUGCUUCUCGAAGGGUCCGAGAACCUUAUCGAAAUAAAAAUUGUUACGAACAAGGAGGACGGAAAGCCAGAUCUUCUUGUCACCCUGAAGAGGGACGAAAUCCUCAAGUCGGGCAAGAACACGAUUGCCAAAUUUCUGUUGAAGCUUCAGGUGUACAAGGCGACAGCAGACAUCGAAAGUGCUCGUAAAAUGUAUAUGGAGUACUCGCAGGUGAAGAAGAGGAACAGUAUUGACUUUGUUGAAAUCCGAAAUAUUAUUAUUGAUCGUAAGAGGCCCAGAGCUAUUCUUGUCCAAAGUGCCACUCGCCUCGACAAAGCUUCUGGAGAAGUAGAACUUCUUACAUAUGAUAAUUCUCCCGAGGGUUUCGCAAAAUCAUGGCUUGACCACUAUCCGAAAUCGGAGCCGCUGUACAAGCAAAUCAAAACGCUGUAUAACAAGGACUUAAAGUAUUUCCCCGUUCAGUGAAGCAGAACGGGAAACUUUUUGCUGUUUAGGCCUCCGAACCUGUAAACGGAACUGCCUAACAAUAGCGUGUAUCUAAAAAUAUUAUUAUUUAAAAAAAGGUGCAUGGACAAUUUGGUAUAACUAACACAGCUGAAAACUUAUGCGCUCCGCGUCAAGAUGUUGAACUGAAAGAAACCAAUGUCAUAAUAUUGACGUGGAAGAGAAGAAAUUAUUUUAUAGCUGUUAUGUAAUAAACAAAUUAUUGAUUUAUUUUAAA